UAAUGAACAUUAAAUUGGUAAAAGAAAAAAAUUUCAAAAACAAUGGAUGCCGACAGCAGUGGAAGUGUACGACGCCGAGAUUCACAGAGAACCCAUCAGAACCGGCGUCGCCCUGAAGCAGGUGACAGGAUAGCCGAUGCUCGACGCGAACAAGAACGAGUGCGUAAAUCUAAUUCCGGACGAGAGGAAGAAAAUAAGAUUCCAUAUUUUACCGAUGUUCGACGCGAAUCCGAUCGGCGGCGUAAUUUACAUGCGAACCGUACACCUUCUCCACCCUCCUACACAACUAUUAGAUCCAGAAUUCGAUAUAGCAACCGAUCCAAUAAUGAAAGAUCUAUCCAUGGUAGAAAAAGUCGUAGUCGAAGCCGAGAGCGAGAAUUAUAUCGGGAUAGAGUGGCUCACCGACGACAUAGUCGAUCUCGGAGUCGAAGUCCGCGGCGGCGCCAUUCACCGAUGCCACGCAUUAUAACUAUUCCUGUGCCCGUACCAGCUCCUGGUUAUCCCUUUAACUAUGCCUGGCCGGCGACCGGUCAAGAAUUUUAUCCACCUCUUCCUCAAUAUCCUCAUCCACCGCGAUAUAGAGGGGGCGGUCUGCAACCGCCGCCAUAUUCGUAUGGAUCCACGUUCCAUCAUCCACCAAGACGAGCCCCACGGCCGCCAUCGCGUUAUUCUUAUUAUCGACAGCCACAGAGUUGAAGCUCUUUUGUUGGAUUUUAAAUAUUUUUGAUUAGCAUGCAUCAAUUGGAUAUUAUUAUAAACUAUUUUCUAAAAUCGCUUUUUCUACAUUUCAAAUACAUCUCAAAAUCGGCAAACUCACAAA